GGAAGCUACUGGUGCGCGAAUAAAAAUUGACAGAGAUGGUAGGGAAGCAGUUAUUACCGGCACGUAUGGGCAAUGUGAAACUGCUAAAUCACGAAUGAAGCAUUAUUUAGAAGAAGAAUCCGCAAAGCCAAGGCCCAGUGUUUACCCUGACGUUGGUUAUACUAUUGUGGAUUUGCCGUCACCGUCUAAAGAGUCAAGAAUCCGUUUUAUUCAAUAUAUGGAGCGCGACAAUAAUGCGCAUUCGCAUGGAAAGAAAUUAUACUAUAUUUACCUAUCAAACGAAUCUACUGAUUUAAUGAGAGAUUGGGGUAUUCUUACUCCAGAAGUCGAAUCGCCCAAUCAAGUAACGAAAAGUCCUGAAGAAUUUAUGCCUAGUCCCUCUACUGAUAUGGGAGAUCACAGGCUCUGGUUAGAUGAAUAUGGUUCUUUUUCGGCAAACAGAAGUUGUAGUAGCAGUAAUUCUAGUAAAAGUUUCAGUACCGUCAAUCGAGAUACAUGCGAUGAUAAUGAUAUCACUGCAUUGCUUCCGGUUCCUUCGAAACAACGACCAUUUACAGUUACUUCUUUGCUACCGUAUUGUCUUAAACAAAUUUCUGAUCAUGUUUCAGAAUUGUUUCCUAUACGUGAGGCAGGAUUAGAAAUACACACAACAAUAUACAUAGGACAGGAAUUAUUUUUUAACAUUCCGUUAGAACCUUUGAGCUUAGACAUGAAAGAAUGGUGUGAACUUAAACGUAUCGGCCACAAAGCUGUAAAGACUUCCUUCCAACAUCAUGCGCCUUCUAUUGAUGGUCGAAGGAUAUUGGAAGCGAAUAUGGGCUUCAAGGAAACUUCAUCUACGCGCCAAAACGAAAAAUGCUCCAUAGUUGU